AUGUCUUACCAAGAGUUUCAGGCAAGAGAGAAUCUGGAGGCGCGGUCAGUGACUUACCAACCGAGAGGCCGGCUGAGAGUAAGAGCCACUGCCCGGAAAAGAGUGGUUUAUCCAAACCAAAUGCAUAUAAGGAACAAGCCGUACUGUGAGUUGUGCGAAGGAGUGGGACAUUGGACCCAAAAUUGCUGGAGGACGUCGCUAAGGCGUAUGUUGGCACCGGAGAAUGCCGAAUGUGAUUGGUGUGGGAUGCGGGGACACUUUUCUUACCGUUGUCCGAACCCAGGCCAUAUGAGGCAUUGGAGCCCGUGUGAUUCCUGUGGAGAACCGGGACACUUAAACAAUCACUGUUGGAGGGCUAGGCCAGACCGUCCUAUAUUCCCAGAGCCUACGCGAUGUAUUGAGUGUGGAGGAAGUGGACACUUUUCCAACCGUUGUCCAUACUGGGUUGUGCGGGAAAUGUGA